AUGAGUGUGUCAGGAAAUGUGUAUUUUGACAUCCAGUCUAUCGAUAGUCAGUAUGGGAAGUUCGUUGGAAUAUGUGCUGACACAGCUGGAGAAACAACUGCUGGUGAUAAAAGGCACAUCAGAGACUUUGCUUUGUGGAAAGCAUCAAAACCAAAUGAGCCGUCUUGGAUAUCCCCAUGGGGUAAGGGUCGACCUGGCUGGCAUAUUGAGUGUUCCACCAUUGCAAGCUCUGUGUUUGGAAAUAAAUUGGACAUCCAUUCAGGUGGAAUAGACCUAGCGUUUCCCCAUCACGAGAAUGAGAUUGCUCAAUGUGAGGCCUACCACCAGUGUGAGCAAUGGGGCAACUACUUUUUACACUCAGGGCAUUUGCAUUUGAAAGGAAGUGAAGAAAAGAUGUCAAAAUCAUUGAAAAAUUAUAUCACAAUCAAGAAAGUCUUGGAAAAGUUCUCUGCAGAUCAGUUUCGAAUGUUUUGUCUUCUCUCAAAGUACAGAUCAGCUGUGGAAUACAGUGAUGAAAGCAUGGCAGAAGCUGGAAACCUUCUGCAUUCCAUUUCAGCUUUUAUUGACGAUGCAUCUGCUUACAUGAGAGGACAAUUGAUCUGCCCAUCGGUUGACGAAACUCUAUUAUGGGAGAGGUUAAAUGCAACUAAAGUCAAUGUGCAGGCUGCCUUUGCUGAUGAUUUUGACACCCCAGGGGCUACUGAUUCAAUUAUGAACCUCAUUCACCAUGGCAACAGACAGCUUCAAGCAGUUGCCAAGGAAGGUGACUACCCCAGGAGUCCGGCUGUGUUUGGGGCAAUAAUCUCUUAUUUAGAGCGAUUCUUGGAUGUUGUUGGUAUUUCUCUUGGACAAAGUCAGGUGCAGGCAGCAGACCGGUCUUCAGUCACCCUUCACAGUGUCGCUGAACAACUAGUUGGUUUUCGACAGGAAGUGAGAAAGUAUGCCCUAGCAGUGGAUGAUCAGGAGCUGGCAUCAGGUGAAGGCAGAGAGCUGUCCCAGGAAGAGAAACAGAAGCUAAAGGAGAAGCGUAAGCAGAUGAUGAGUGAACGGCAACCUCUCCUCCAGGCCUGCGACUUGCUGCGGCAGGAUCUCAGUGCAAUAGGAAUAAAUAUCAAGGAUCGAGGGGCAACUUCAUCAUGGGAGAUGAUGGAACAACUUACAAAAGUUAAAGAAAAGUGAAGCCGGAUUAUUAAUUUCAGACUUUCAACACCAACAUUGGGGUAUUAACAUAACCCAUUGACAGUCAUGGAAAAAGAUAUGCUAUCUUUGGGCUAAAUUGUUUAUUGGUAUCAUAAACUGGGGGAGUUGCCUACAGCAGGAAUGUUGGGCUGUGACACUAAGGGGUCACAUCCCCGACUGAAAAGUGAAUCAAUCUCCGUGAUUAAUUUUGCUGGACCCCGGGCUCUUAACUGACAAUGCAGUGUCUCCAUGCUGCCCCCCCUCCCAGUGCAUCAGGUCUGUCCAUCACUGUUCCAGACAAGAUACACGUUGCUUCUCAAUCGUAGUUACAUAAAGUAAUGGUGAGAAAAACUGAUGGAUCCCAUUCCAUUAUACAGGAUGAAUCAUGAUAUUUUAAACUGUUGUUUAUCAAACAUUGUCAUUAGCUAGAUAACACCUUGUUCAUUUAUCAUGCUGUUUCUUUCUUGUACAUCAAUUAAAAAUUUGAUUAUGUACUUGAUAAGUUGUGAAAAGUUUGGAAAACAAAGUUUAUGCUGUCAUGAAGUCAUAGCUGAGCACAUCCAAUUCAGGCUGUUUUAGAACAACCUAAAUACUGUAGCAAUGUACAUGCGACGAUAUGAACUCGGGGCAGGCUUGGAUCACUUGGCUCGUUGAGCCUGCUCCACCAUUUGAUACCAUUGUGGCUGCUCUGGCUAUUCUACAUUCCUAUCUACUCCCAAAAAAUUUUCAACCUCUUGCUAAUCAAGAAUCUACCUACAUCGAAGACACUCUUCCUCCAGAGGUAGGAGAAGCAGAAUGCCAGAGACUCAUGGCCCUCUGUGAGAAAGAUGUUCUGUCUUAAAUGAGUGACCUCUUAAUUUUAAAUAGUCAUUCCUAGUUCUAGUUUCUCUCACAUGGAAACAGCCUUUCCAUAACCAUUCUAUCAAGACUCAAGAUAUGUUGUCACCUUUUACUCUUUAAACUCUAGCAGAUACAAACC